AAGAGGGUUGUAACAGUCUGUUUCUCACGAGCCAGGCAGACCUAAGCAAGUGUACGGGGGUAGUGAGAGGACUAUAUACUUAUAUGGUGGUAUUAUACCGCAGUGUAGUGUUGGAUAGAAUGUGCAAUGUUCCAGUUAGAUAGCAAUCAUGAAUCUGAAUUUACAGAAGAUUCUGAUUACGAAGGUGACCAAGCGGGGACCUCCGGUAGUCUGCUGUAUCAAACUAUGAACUAUGUGGGACAGCUUGCCGGGCAGGUCCUGGUGACCGUUAGGGAGCUCUACAAGGGUAUUAACCAGGCUACACUAUCUGGGUGCAUUGAUGUGAUCGUCGUCCGUCAGCAAGAUGGCACCUUCUUGUGCUCACCUUUCCAUGUCCGCUUUGGGAAGUUAGGAGUCCUGCGGUCCAAGGAGAAAGUGAUUGACAUUGAAAUCAAUGGGGAACCUGUAGACCUGCACAUGAAACUUGGUGACAAUGGAGAAGCAUUUUUUGUACAAGAAACUGAAGAAGAAAACGAAGAAGUCCCUGCAUACUUGGCUACCUCACCAAUUCCCACAGAGGCUCAUUUUUUUAAGAAUGUCCACAUCCACGUGCCAAACUCUGCAGAAGAACUAAAGCCUUCCGCAUCAUCUCAUGCGUUUGAGGCUGAGAACAUUACAACUGGAUCUGUGAAGAAGAAAAAAAGGAAGAGAAGGCGAAUAAAGCAUGAUAAAAAGGAAGAUGUUCCUGCUCCUUCAGGAGCUGAGGAAAUCUUUGAGAUUGAAAUAAGCUCUGAUGAUGAAAGUCCAGCUCAGAGGGCAUCAUCAAGCUCUGCAUUAAAGGAGGAGGAGUACAGAGAGUCUUUCAUCUGCCGUUCUUCAGAUCAUUACGCACUAUCUGAUGGAGACUGGUCUCCACAGGACAGUGGCUAUUGCCAGUCUGCAGGUCCAAAGAGCGAUUCAGAGCUGGAAGUCAAACCUACGGACUCCCUGCUCAGAGUGGAGCCCCAGAUGGAGUGGACAUGGGGUGGGUUCCCAGAGUCGGCCAAGGUCAGCAAAAAGGAAAGGACAGACCACCCACGGACGGCCACAAUUACACCAUCUGAAAACACGCACUUUAGGGUGAUUAGUUCUGAGGCGCUGUCUGGGGAAACCGUGGGAGAAGCAUUUAUAGAGGACUCUAUUUGCACUGUGCUCAGACCAGAACCACGACCUCAUUCCAUCAGUGUUCAGGUUGAACCCAACGAGCCGCCAUCAUCUGAAACCCCUCCAAGCUCCCCAAAUGGGGAGGAGACUCUUUCCUUGGAGGCUGCUGAUACCGUUUCUGAUGUGAAACCUUCGCUAAAAACAGACUCUCCAAGCAAGAAGAAAGGUGUACGGAAGAGAAGCCAGCAUCAAGGACCGGGUGAUAUUUAUCUGGAUGAUUUAAAUGUUUUAGAACCUCAAGUGGCUGCACUUUAUUUCCCCAAAAGUGAUUCGGACCCUAGUUCCAGGCAGUGGAUGGAGUCGGAAACCCUAUCAGGAUCUCAGUCUCCACAGUCUGUCGGUAGUGCUGCCGCAGAUAGCGGUACUGAGUGCCUCUCUGAUUCCCCCAUGGACUUGCCAGAUGUCACACUGUCUCUUUGUGGUGGUCUGAGUGACAAUGGAGAGAUCUCUAAAGAGAAGUUCAAGGAGCAUAUGAUUACCUAUCAGCAGUUUGCAGAGAACCCAGGAAUCAUUGACAAUCCUAAUCUUGUUGUGAGGAUCUAUAACAGGUAUUAUAACUGGGUGUUGGCAGCUCCUAUGAUCCUGAGUCUACAAGUGUUCCAGAAAAGCUUGCCCAAGAACACAAUUGAAUCAUGGGUGAAGGAAAAGAUGCCAAAACAAUCGAGGAGAUGGUGGUUCUGGAGAAAGAGGGAUAGCUUGGUUAAACAGCCUAACACAACGGAAGAAAAGCUGGAUACCGAAUUGAACACCGAGCAAAGAUCAGAAAUAAACGAUCCAUCAAAAGUCCGGCUGUCUUCUGAGGACAACUCGUCAAGCGAUGAAGAGGAAUUGAAGCAGAUAAUACUUGAGCCUGCUCCUGUGGAGUAUCAGAGUCAUCCUGGAAGCACCUCUUAUCGAAAGACCUUGCGCUUGUCUUCAGACCAAAUUGAAAAACUGAACCUCCGUGAUGGUCCGAAUGAUAUUAUGUUUAGCAUAACGACGCAGUAUCAGGGCACGUGCCGAUGUGAGGGCACCAUUUAUCUGUGGAACUGGAACGACAAGAUCAUCAUUUCUGACAUUGACGGGACCAUAACGAAGUCAGACGCCUUAGGCCAGAUUCUUCCUCAGCUUGGGAAGGAUUGGACACAUCAGGGCAUUGCCAAGCUCUACCACUCCAUAAAUGAAAAUGGAUACAAAUUUCUGUAUUGCUCCGCCCGUGCAAUUGGCAUGGCAGACAUGACUAGGGGCUACUUGCACUGGGUAAAUGACAGAGGCACUAUACUUCCAAGAGGACCUUUAAUGCUGUCUCCAAGCAGCCUUUUCUCUGCGUUCCACAGGGAAGUCAUAGAGAAGAAACCUGAAAAGUUCAAGAUAGCGUGCCUCAAUGAUAUUAAAAACUUGUUUGGUCCACUUCAGCAACCCUUUUAUGCUGCUUUCGGAAACCGUCCUAAUGAUGUUUUUGCUUAUGUCCAAGUUGGAGUCCAAGACUGCCGAAUAUUUACUGUCAAUCCAAAAGGAGAAUUAAUACAAGAGAGGACAAAAGGAAACAAGACAACGUACACCCGACUAAGUGAGCUGGUUGAACACGUGUUUCCUCUGCUGGACAAAGAGCAGAAUUGUGCUUUCUCUUGCCCAGAAUUUAGCUCUUUUUGCUAUUGGAGAGACCCAUUGCCAGAAUUUGACCUGGCAGACUUGACGUAAAUCACUCAUGAGCAUGUCUGGAACUGUUAGUGGACGUGAAGUCAUUUCGGUCGGCAGUCACUUACCUGGAGUAUUACUGAUGUGAGGAGCCUGCGUUCUUGUCCAUUGUUUCCAAUGCCUUUCUCUCACUUUGUCUUACAGUUGGUUAGUAAUUUGUAGCCAGUAAAGAUAUUGUAUCCUAUCAAUAUAUUCAGGGAAAAACGUUAAGAGAAGUGAUUUUUAUAUUAUUACAAUAUAUUAAUUCUCUGUAAUUGGUUCUUGUGAAAGAUGCAUUGCACAUUUUAUCUUGUGUUCAAGCAUACCUUGAAGUGUAAUCGUCUUUCUGGAUCAUGUUGUGCCUCCUUGAAAUCUUUCUCAUCUCUAAAGCCAUUGGGAUGUAGCGUCUAUUGCAGGGCAAUACGCUUCAGGACCCACAAGGAAGGGAGACUUAUUACGUAUGCAGUGGAAGUGUUAUUUCCUGGAAAACAAUUGGUUCUUCAGCAUCUGUGAAAAGGCUUAACCCAAAUAUGUAGAACUGUGCAAUUAUUUAUUUUACCUGCAUUUCAAGCCACUAAAACAUACACUGUUUAAGGCAUUUGUUUGCAAUUUUGUUUUAGGAUUAUCAUUUGCUUACUUAAGGCUUAUGGUCCAUCCAGUUUUUUUUCUUUUAAUUUGUAAAAAAUAAAAUGUUAUGCUUUAAAAUAACAUUUCAUCUUCAUGGUAACAAACGUUCCCUGUUUUACUAAAUGAAGGGAUGGCUGCUAGCGAGUCUUUUGCUCAGAAAUUGCUUUACUAAUGAUAUUGUCAGGCACUGAAUCACUCCUUCAGAUUUCCUUAUAUCAACCCUCCAGUUCACAGUAAAGAUGUCACUGUCCAUGCAGAAUGCAUAUUUAACAUACCGUGUGCUCUUUAAUGUUGCUGCUGUGGUCCAUCUCAUUCCCAGUCUCCAAUUUAAAGGGCUUCUAUCACCAGUUUUGCCGGCAGAUGUCUUCUGUACUGCACCUGUGUCGGUUACUCAUCUGCAUGGAGCAGAUGCAAACUGGUAACAGAAGCCUGUUAAGGUACCGUAUUUUUGGACUAGAAGACACACCUAGGAUUUAGAGGAGGAAAAUAAGAAAAAAAAUAUUUUUCAUCAGAUCUCAGAGCAGACCCCACCCCAAAUCAGACCCUCAACCUUCAUCAGCCUCAUAUCAGCCUACUUGCUCUGGACAGUACCUCAUAUCCAGGACUCACCACUUCUUCUGGGUCAGGACACCACAUCUGGACCUGAAAGAAGACCAGGGGAAGAGAGUACAGCCAGCGCAGCGCUGCCCUCACCUCCCCAUGCCUCCUGCAUAAUUACUGCUUCCAUAAUGGAGGAAGUCAUUAGCAUUCAGACUAUAAGACGCACUGCCACUUUCCCUGCGUUUUGGGAGGAAAAAAUUGCGUCUUAUAGUCUGAAAAAUAUGGUAUAUAACAUGACUUUAGCACCACUCCAUCCUAUGUCUUGUUCUACAGGACCCUUGCCCUGAAAGCAGGGGGGAGAUGUCUCAGACUAUCGAAGCACACUGUGCAAAGGAUAGUAUGAGAAUUUGGUGGCCAUUUUACACAGAUUGAGUGGACUGGGGAUGGGACUUACCCCAACAGCAGGUAUAUUAACUAUACUUUCAGCAUGUAAAGUGAAAUCUUUACUGUGACCCGGACGGUCACUUUAACUACACAGCUGUGUAGAAGGAAUACUCUGAGCCAGUAAAACUUAAGAGUUGUGCAAUAGUGUUUGCAGUAACCAAUGGCAAUCAAUCAGCUAUUGCGUUUCAAUUGUCUGGUGCUAGUUCGACAGUGGCCGUAAAUGUCUGAUCAGUUGCUGUGAUUUAGUGCUCGCCUUCCAGCCAUGUUGGUAAGUGAUCCUCAAAGAUUAGUCAUCCCUUUAGCUCUCGCUGUUUUUUGUAAAAAAUUAUAUUUGAUAACCUCAAUAGACCCAUCCCCCAUCAGCUUCCAAAGUUGUCUGUUGAAAAAAAAAAAAAAAGAUAUUUUUUUAUAGUACUUUAAAGAAGAGUUAGAGAGAUGAAGCUGCUUAUUCUGCAAAUCGUCGGUUGGUACCAAUGUAACCUAAUGCCAAAUAUAGGAUUACAAUUACAUAAAGCUGUUUGGAAGGGUCUGUUUCAUAAUUACAGGGUACAAGCCAACAUUGCCUGACUAACCUCCACUUCCCUGGUGCUGGCUGUGGAUACUUGCAGAAAGUGUGCAAUAACUUCUCCUUGCAGCCUGUAAGAACUCAUUGUGCACAUACAUUUACUUUGUGAAUGUCCUACCUUGACUUGAGGUAUGAGUCUACUUUACGUAGUGAAAUUGUGAAAAGGAUUUAAUUGUGGUAGGUAUCCUGUUCAAUUCUAUCUAAAUAAAGUGUUCAAA